GUAUAAUUUAAUUGUGUGUCGUUAGGCGUAACUCGGACGCUGUCACUAAAAACUGAGGUAAAAUGAACAAAGCUACCUUGUUAAUGUAGCCAAGCUACAUAUAAAACAAAAAACAAACAGACAAUCUAUGAUCACUCAAUCAGUUUCCACCAUUUGGGUUUCGUUUUAUUCAGUCAUCGCCCCUGGAAUGAAACUGCUGGCGUAAAACUGCGGCUCUGCUCACAGAUAUUAUUGGUUGGGAUCACAAGGGGUGCGGUUAACUGGAACUGGGUUGGAAAUUGCAUACGCGCUAAAGCAUGGAUAGUGUUUCCAUGCAUACAUACUGUACAUAUUACACUAUCGGUUAAGUAAGUAGGCUUCUAACGAAAUUUACUACGUACUGUUGGAUGGUUAACUGAUGGAGUUCAAUACAUGAAAGAGGUGUGUGAAUAAAAGCAUAUAGAGAUCUAACUGGGGAAUAAUCAAGGUCAGUCGUGUCUCAUACAUGCACCAUUCUCUUUUGUCCACUCCCAAUCAUAACCCGGUUCUAUGGGAGGGGUGUUUCUCCAGACGUCACUUCCCCGAUCAACAGGAUGCGUAUUUUAGCAACAGGUUGAAGCUCAUCAGAAGAUCUCAAAUCAGUUGUUUUUUUAUUUUGGGGUACUGGACAUUUCUGCCAGUGCCGCGUUCGCAUGGUCAAGAUAAGGAUUCUGUCACAGACAUUUGGCCAGAUUUUUCAGAACACUUAGCGAUUCCUUAGUUCCAUAAUUAUUUGUCCAUACUGCUGUGAGUACACAUGGAGCCCCAGCAGAGUACUACCUGACAUUUUCUCUUUGUGUCCGACUAUUCCCGAGAGCUGUACAAUCACGUCGGAAUUCUUAUCUUUUUGUUUAUCAAUUACUUUUAUAUUCCUGUAUAUUCGUUCCCAAAAUCCACAUCGGAUGAUUUACAGCGAGGGUUGCCUGAGUGGAUACAGCUCCGUCUCGCCUCACAUGGUUGUACGUUGGAUCGUACCGACAAAAAUCCAAUAUCAGUAUAUAGCUUUAGUAAAAAAAAUAGGUAAAUUGCUUUACUGCACAGUAGAUAAGUGCUGCUAUGUAGCAUGAUUUCAGUUAAUCGCUUUUCAUUUCUUAUGUUUUUCAUCUUCAUUUAGUGAACUUGUACUUUAAAUUCUAGGUAGACAUAGUACAACCCAAUGCGGAAGAAGAGCGGGCGGUUGCCGUUGGUUUCUGAUUUCUCUGCCUCUUGUUGCAGUAUGUCACCCAAUAAUUUGGCUCUGUUGAUUUGGAUGUAAUAUAACGACAAUGCUAGUAAAGAAGACUGGACUAAACUAAGAGGGGAUCCUGCAACACAGCUCACGUAAGCUGUUCAGCUGCCCAGCAAGCUGGAAUAAAGGUAGCAAGUUAGCUAUUUGGGGACUAGCUGGUGACUGUAAUGGUUAUGCCAUAAACCGCGUGUGUUUUUACUCACUUGUAACAAUGUAGCAAAUAAAAAAAUCAUAUUCAUUAGUCAAAAUCCCAGUGAUUGUCGCUUUGUUUAAAAUGGCCGAUUUUUUAAAUCAUUUUCUUUCGGUAACAUGAAGUCAUUUAGCUGAAUUUGUUAAUGUGAGGAAAUUUAAUAGAAAUGGUUAAUGUAAGAAAUAUGUACAGGAGUGGUUCCGCUGCACUUAAUAUAACACGGGCAAAUGAAUAGAGGCGAAAUUAAAAAUCAUAUAACGAAACGGUGUCGGAAAACGGUUGCAGAUGGAGCAUGUGAUGACAUGAGUGUAACCUUUUUGGUAAAAACUAAUCGAUCAUUAGCGUACCAUUCAUAUAUUAAAAAUGUUAAUAUAACAAGAUUUAUACUGAAACAUUCAAUUUGAUAACAAUCGUUAAAGCUAAUCAUAUCUAUUCCAGUAAAAUGUUCAUUAAAAUGGGUUUUCUUUUUAUGCUGUACCUAAUAUUGUUAUUUUUCUAUGUUACUAUCAGGUGCUGGAAUUAUGGACAAAAAUGCAUGCCUGACACUAAGUUCAUUUCACUAAAGACAUGAGUAUGUAUUUAUUGUUGGUGAGGAAAAUACUACCUGCUCAUUAGACUACUGUGAAUACCAGUAAUUUUUAGCUUCGGGUGGCAGGUAAAUAUGUCAUAAUAAAGAUGGUUGAUCUGGGGGUUACGUAUGUGAAAGGAAUUCGGCAGUUAGCUAAAUGUCUGUGAAUGACUUUGGCUCACAAUCGCUCUGAAUCACCCAGGUGAUGGUUCAGCCCCAGGGUCCCUUGGGCAGUGUGUUGCAGUGGGACAUGGCUGGAAGAGAGGUGCUGGGAUCCAGCAGCCAGGAGUCGCUUGAGACAGCCUCCCAGGGGUCUGCUGGAGUCCCGGAGCUAGCUGACAGUGAUGUGGUACAGAGACUUCUGGGAGACAAUCAGAAGCUGAGAGAUGCAUUGAGGAGUAGUAACGUAGCUCUGAGGGAGAGAUGUGAUGAAAUCAAGGAAUGGCAACAGAGGCUGAGGGCAGAGAAGAACAUCCUGGGUCAUCGGUUCCAAGAGGCGAAGAACUUAGUGGAGAGGCUGGUGCGGGAAAACCAGGCGCUCCAGGAUCAGCUCCGGCUCAUGAGCCAAAGGAAAGAUGAGGAGCAGAGUGUUCCUCAAGGGGGGAAGCAGUUCCAGAACUGUCAUGAGCCAUCAGAGGGAGAAGAGGGAGAAGAGGCGAGGAAAGGGCAGAAGCAGACUGGUCCCCAGAGCUUGCCCAUGGAAGGGGGGAACGAGGUCCUGAAGCUGCUGAGGAACCACAAGGAGAAACUGGAGGAGCGUAUGCGAGAGCUGAAGUGCCGGAACGAGACGCUGCUGAAGGAGAUAGAGGAGGGGCAAAAUGAAAUGAAGAAUCUGCGCGCUGCCAAUGCUCAGCUGCAGUCAAGGCUUUCUCAGGUGAAGGGCUGUGGGGUUACACAGGAGACCCUGGUCUGCUGUGAUGCACAGGUGACCAACGCUCACAGCCUGCCUGGACCCACAGUGCCUGUGACUCCAAGUACCCAGCUAGUUCAACUCUCCAAACAGCUGCAGGCAACACAGAAUAGGUAUAAGGAGCUGCAGGAGAAACUGGAUUCUCUUCAGAAGACAAGUUUUCAACAAGACAAAAGUGAAAUGCUCCUGAAGCAGAGGGAAAAUGAAUGUGCACAGCUGACCAAGGACUGUGAAAUGCUGAAGGCCCAGGUGACCUCACUGCUGGGGGAGCUCCAUGAGAAGCAGAGCUGCCUGGAGAAGAGCGAAGAAGACAGAGCACGGGUGGAAGAGAAGUUGAACCGGGUCCAGGAGGCCCUGCAAAAUGUGGAGAGGGAGUCAAAGCAGAUGAAGAGCCAGUACAGCGUGACUGUAGACACACUUCGGUUGCAGACACAGAACCUGGAGAUGGCGCUGAAGGCAGAAAGACAGGUUCUCACCGAGGACAAGAGAAAGCUGGCCCAGCUACAGCAUGCCUACACUCAGCUGUACCAGGACUAUGACUCCAAGCUUAAGAGCGAGAGCCAGGCCAAACAGAGGGAUGGUGAGCUGGAAGACUUGGCCAGAAGGCUGGUGGAAGCAGAGCAGGCUCUGGCUUUGAAGCAGGACCUCAUCGACAAACUGAAAGAGGAGGUGGAGCAGCAGAAAGGGACACUGGAGACCGUACCCGUUCUCACUGCACAGGCAGAGAUUUACAAAGCAGAUUUCCUGGCAGAGAGGGAAGCCAGGGAAAAGCUGCACCAAUGUAAGGAAGAGCUUCAGGACAAGCUGAACCGCACUCUGGCUGAAAUGGACAGGCUCCGGCUAGAAGGCACCUCACGUGCUAGGAUGGAGGAGAUGCAACAGAGGCACAUAGAGGAUUACCGGGCAGCUCAUACUCUCCUCCCGCCCAUGUCAGGAGGAUUUCCCGGGGCCACCAUCCCCUUCAGCCCCGCCCAGCCCCCCUCCUUUCGAAUGCAGAAUCUCUCUGAAGAGCUGCCUGAUUACCGCUGCCCAAAAUGCCAGUACCAGGCACCAGAUAUGGAUACCCUGCAGAUCCAUGUGACAGACUGUAUUGACUGAGCUUGGAAAGAAGGACGCAAGGCUAUUUCAGCCAGGCAGGAAGAAUUGAUAUUGAGCAGGGAUGCACUUUGAAUGGGAUAACUGUCAUAUGCUUAAAAUAUGAUGUAGUGUGAUAGAAUUGUAGCUAGAUAUACAGUUUGACAAUAUAGUGAAAGAGAAGAAAAGUAAAUGCCUCAUGUGGAGAUCACCAAAUGUUUUAAUGUAUUAAUUCCGACCUAUUAUUGCCAGUUUGAAAUGAUAGAAACACUGACUUUGCUGUGAGCAGCAUUGCACUAGAUUUGUUGGUGUUUUUUAACUCGUCGUGUUUGUUUCCCAGUAUGCAUGUGCACUUUGUCUCAGAGCCUUGUGUGUAUAUAGGUUGUUCUCCAGAGGAUGUGUACAUUGAUGUAAUAGAAACAAAUAAUAAAAUAUGGUAUCCUGCAAAAAAA